AUGGGGCAUUUUGUGGCUCUGUGGAUGAUGGGAACUCUGCUGCAGGUUUGUCAUGCAACGAUUUACACCAACGACUGGGCGAUAAGGAUCAGAGGAAACAGAGAGUGUGUGAGCAGGAUAGCACUGAAAUAUGGGUUCACUAACAUGGGCCAGAUCGGAGACCUGAGUGGUUAUUACAGUUUCCGCCACAGCGAGACGGCCGUGAGGUCGACGGUGUCAAACACACAGGUGUCUGUUAGCGUCGCAACGGAGACCGAGGUGGAGUGGCUGCAGCAGCAGGUGGUCCUGAGGAGAGUAAAGAGGAACUCCAGAGCCAGUCACUUACUUUACACCUCUGCCUCUGAACAUGGAUUGAAUGUCCCUCUCUCUGCUCCACAGUCAGGUAUGAAGAUCGUAGCGGCCUGGAGGAGAGGCUACAGCGGGGGGGGAGUGGUGGUGUCUGUCCUGGACGACGGCAUUGAGAGAGAGCAUCCAGAUCUGAAGCCAAAUUAUGAUCCUCUCGCCAGCCGUGAUGGGAACGGACAGGACGGUGAUCCGUCUCCAGAAUAUUCCACUGCCUCCAACUACCACGGGACUCAGUGUGCAGGGACGGUAGCUGCAGCGGCACAGAACUCCCAGUGCACAGUCGGAGUGGCUUUCCGUGCACGCAUAGGUGGUAUCCGCAUGCUGGAUGGAGACGUGACCGACACGGUGGAGGCCGAGUCCCUGAGCUUCAGACCUCAGUACAUUGAUAUUUAUUUAGCUAGCUGGGGUCCAGAAGAUGACGGGGCCACUUUGGAGGGACCCGGGCCUCUGACUCAUCUUGCUUUAGAGAAUGGCGUCAAAAAAGGCCGGCGGGGGAGGGGCUCUGUGUUUGUCUGGGCAUCGGGGAACGGGGGUCUGAGAGGAGACCACUGCUCCUGUGACGGAUACAGCAGCAGCAUCUACACCGUCUCCAUCAGCAGCAGCAGCUCGGAGACGCUGGAGCGGUGCACCUCCACCCUCGCUGCUGCCUACACUGGGGGGGAGGGGAUGGUAACGCUCGGUCCUCAGAAGAGCUGCAGCCGGGCGACACCUGAGACCUCGCUGUCCUCCUCCGUGGCUGCAGGCGUCAUCGCUCUCACACUGCAGGCCAACCCUCUGCUGACCUGGAGGGAUGUGCAGCACAUUAUUGUUCGAACAUCGAAAUCCCAUCCCCUCCCUGAUCCGGACUGGAGCGUUAACGGAGCCGGAUUCAGAGUGAGCCACCUGUAUGGCUUCGGCCUGCUGGAUGCCGAGGCGAUGGUGGUGGAGGCCGAGCGUUGGAGACGAGUCCCGGUUCAGAGGCGGUGUGUGGAGGAGGAUCCCCGGCAGCUCGGCAGAGCGAUAUACCCGGCCUCGGUGCUGACGGUGGUGUUUCGGAGCUCCGGCUGCUCCUCUCGAGUUGGUUACGUGGAGCAUGUCGUCGUGCGGGUCUCCAUCGAUCACCGGCGCCGCGGCGACCUCUCCGUCACGCUCACGUCUCCUGCAGGCACCGUGUCCAAGCUGCUGGCUAACAGGCCCUCUGACGACUCCACCGAGGGAUUUCCGGCGUGGGAAUUCAUGACGACUCACAGCUGGGGGGAGCCGGCGGCGGGGGAUUGGACUUUGAAGAUCCGGGACUCGUCCUCUGUGAAGAGAGGCUCUGCUGCUGAACGAGGGAGGCUGAAGGAAAGCUCCCUGGUGAUUUAUGGCACCACCGGGCCACCGUACCCCCGGCAUCGAGUGCGAUCUGCUGGCACGCCGACGGACAGCGACCUCAAUGAGGAGUACAGCAGACCUUGCGACCCAGAAUGCACCGCUGACGGUUGUGAGGGGCCCGGCCCGCAGCAGUGUGUCACGUGUUCCCACUUCUUCCUGAAGUUCAAGAACAGCACAAGGAUGUGUGUGUCCGAGUGUCCGCGGGGGUUCUGGGGCGACCGGCGGCGCUGCAAGAGAUGCUUCUCCUCCUGCGAGAGCUGCACGGGGAGCCGCAGCGAUCAGUGCACUUCCUGUUUACCCAAACACCACCUGACGGAGGACACCAACACCUGCUCCGCCUCCUGCGGGGAGAACUACUACCUGGACCACGAUGCAAACGUUUGCAGGAAGUGCGCUGAGAGCUGCCUGAAGUGCACCUCCUCCAGCAUCUGCACCGAGUGCACACCAGACACCAGUCUGCAGGGGACCCGCUGCCAGCAGAGCUGCUCCGUGGGAUUCUUCCACGACGAGCAGGAGGGAGCGUGCAGACCCUGUGAUGAGGCCUGCGCUACCUGUGCAGGUGCAGGUGUUGCGUUGUGCACCCACUGUGCAGCCGGCUACCUGAUGGAGGAGUGGAGGUGUGUGUCCUCCUGCAGCGCCGGCUUCUACGCCGCUGAGCCGAGCGCAGAGAUGGCUGCUGGGAACAGAGUGUGUAGGAGGUGUGAUGCCAGUUGCCUCACCUGUGUGGGGCCGGGCGGGGAGGAUUGCAGCAGCUGUACCAGCGGUCACCGCCUGCAGCACGGAACCUGUGUGGUGAACACCGCCUGCACCGACGGAGAGUUCCAGGACGGAGACGGGCUGUGCGUUGCAUGUGAUGUAACGUGUCUGAAAUGCACGGGGCCGCAGACAGACGACUGCAUCAGCUGCGCCGCUGCAUGGGCUCUGGAUGAGGGCCGCUGUGUGGUGCAGUGUGCAAAGGGAAAGUACCAGUCCGGGGGCCGCUGUCACCUGUGUGACCACACCUGCUCCACCUGUGUGGACGCCGGGCCACAAAACUGCACCUCCUGUGAUACCGAUAAGUUUGGGGUGGAGCGGUACCUGUUCCUCGGCCUGUGUGUGGACGCCUGUCCAGAGGCCUUCUUCCACACGGAGCGGAGCUGCGAGCCGUGCUCCACAAACUGCCGGCUCUGCAGCAGCUCCACCCGCUGCCUCCGCUGCAACGCCUCCUACUACGUCUCUGACGGAGCCUGCAGCAAGCUGGAGUGUGGGGAAGGGGAGGUGGAGGACCCAGACUACGACGACUGCAUGGCCUGUGAGGAGGGCUGCAGGAAGUGUGUCCUGUAUAACCCCAAACACUGCCUGUCCUGCACUGAGGGCUUUUACAAUUUUCAGGAUGGCUGCUACAAGAACUGCCCGGCGAAGACGUUCAGCGUGGAGUCGGAGAUGAGCUGCGCUCCGUGUGAGGAGAGCUGUGUGAGCUGUGACCAGCACGAGUGCUACUGGUGUGAGACCGACCUCUUCUUAUCAGAGGGCAGUUGUGUUUCCGAGUGUCCCGAUGGUUUCUACGGAGACGAGGACACCAACGACUGUGAGGAGUGUGACCCGGCCUGCGAGACGUGUGCCGGCCCGGAGGACGAUGACUGUCUGUCCUGUGAGGACGGGAAGCUUCUGGAGAGCGGAGAGUGUGUGUCCGACCACGAGCUCUGUCCCGCUAAGACCUUUCGCAGCGAUGACGGAGCGUGUGAAGACUGCCACCCCUCCUGUGAGUCCUGCUCUGGAGAGGAGAAGAACCAGUGCACCACAUGUGCAAAAGGGCGCUUUCUGACCGUGCAGCAAACAUGUGUGUCAAAGUGUCCGGGGGGUUUCUUUGCCAAUCGUCUGAGCGGUGCGUGUGAGGCAUGCCCCCCCGGCUGUGUGCAGUGUGUGGACGCCCAGCACUGCAGCCGCUGUCAGAGCAGCCGCUCGGCCCUGCUGUUCCUGCAGGACGGACGCUGUGUGCAGCAGUGUGUCAGGGGCUACCCCGCAGGCCCGGUGUGUCGCAGCUGUGUGUCGGGGUGUGUGUCCUGUGUGAAGAACGCCACACACUGCCUGAGCUGUGAGGAGCCUCUGCUGCUGCACAAGCACCAGUGUGUGGGGACGUGUCCCGCAGAGCACACCUGCGCGGGACGGGGGUGCACACACUGCCCCCCCGCCUGCCAGCAGUGCAGCCCGCUGGGGCAAUGCACAGACUGUGAGGAGUACCACUUCCUGCACGAGGGCCUGUGUGUCCCCGACUGUCCCGAGCAGUUCUUCGAAGACGCCGAGCAGCGAGAGUGUCUGCGGUGCCACCCUGACUGCGCUUUGUGUGACGGCGCCAACAACAACGACUGUGACGCCUGCACGGACCCCGGGGCCGCUCUGCGCAGCGGGGCCUGCCUCACAGCCUGCCCUUCACACACGUAUAGAGACGCUGCUACAGCAGAGUGUAAAGACUGCGAUGCCUCUUGCCUCACCUGCUCGGGGCCCCUCGCUGGCUCCUGUUCCAGCUGCAGGGAGGGCCAGAGGCUUGAGGGCCACGGCCGCUGUGUUCCUGCAGCCAGUGACUGCUCGCCUCACCAGUACGCAGACCUGGGUGGGGGGUGCCAUCCAUGUCACAAGUACUGCCUCCGCUGCUCGGGUCCGGGCAAAGCUCACUGCCUGAGCUGCAACCAGAGACACCUGCUGCUCAAUGGCACCUGUGUGGAUAAAUGCCCCGUCGGCUCCUAUGAGGACGAGUCGGGGCAGAGCUGUGAACCCUGCCACCCGUCCUGUCAGUCCUGCGUCGGGCAGCUCAGCCACGAGUGUCUCUCCUGCAAAACACACCUUUUCCGAGAGGGCAAAGAGUGUGUGGAGCUCUGCCAGCAGCACAGUCACUAUGGAAACCCCGGCUCAGGGAUGUGUGAGAAGUGCGACCCGAGCUGCGGGGAGUGUAUGGGCGGGGGGGAGGACGGCUGUCUGAGCUGCACCCCGGGUCUGAUCUACCUGAGAAAGGAGGGCCGCUGCCUUCCCUCCUGCCCCCUGGGUUAUCACCAGGAUGCCACGCAACGGACCUGCGAGGCCUGCCACGCCUCCUGCAGGACGUGCUCAGGUAGAGACCCCCACUCCUGUGCCUCCUGCUCCCCCGGAUACCUGCUCUCAGACGGCCGGUGUGAGUCCCUGUGUGACGUCGGCCUGUACCCCGUAGUGACGGAUUCAGGCCACGUGUGUGUGGACUGUGACGGCUCCUGUUUGGAGUGUCGAGGGCCCGGUCCAGCCAACUGCACCAUGUGUCCUCCUCAGGCCAUCCUCGAAGCCGGGGGGCGCUGUCUGCUGUGUUGCCUGCAGGACGAUGAGGAAGAGGAGGAAGAGGAGGAGGCAUCGACGCUGCAGCAGGACUGUUGUAACUGCACCGAGACUCGAGGAGAGUGCGUCCUGAGCACCAACCUGGCGUUCAGGAACGAGGAAGAGGAGGCUGUGUCCGGGGGCAACCUGACCAUCUUCAUCAUCGCCUGCAUCCUGUUGGUGUUCGGGCUGGUGGCCGUCGUCUUCAUCGUCCGGCACUCCCGCUCCAAGAGGGCGCCGCCGGACAUCACGCCCCGCGGGUACGAGAAGCUGGGCUCGUACGGAGGAGGAGGAGGAAGAGGAUACAGCUCGGCGUCUUCCAGCGGUCGUCCCACUUCCUCUUCCUCCGGCGGACGCUUCCAGGACACUCAGCUGGUGGACGUCGCCGAACGUCAUGCGGGGAAGAAAGACGAUGAAGAGGAGGACGACGAUGACGACGACGAGGACAUUGUCUACAUGGGGCAGGACGGCACCGUGUACAGGAAGUUCAGGUACGGACAGCUGGGCGAGGACAACGAGGACGAGCUGGAGUACGACGACGAGAGCUACACGUUUCGGUGAAGUGUGUGUGGGGGGAUCGGAGAGGGAAUUUUAAACUGGGAACGUCCGGGGAAGUGCAUUUAUUGUAGAUGAGUCCCAUCAUCUCACUGUCCAAUUAAUCACACGGUGCCCUUCAAAAUAAAAGCCUAAACAAUUACUUUGAUAGGACAGCUAGAAAGUGAAUUACUAAAUAACACAUCUCCAACAGAAGCCCCUCUGUUCUUCCUCAGUGCUGUUUCAGCUCCUCAUCUGUCCCAGUGGAGACCAGUUUAAACCAGCUGCCUUUCAGAACACGAUCAAAUCACCUGUUUUUGUUCCUUAAGGCUCAAAUUGUCGGAUUUUCACCCAAAAAGUAUAUAUAUUUCCCCCUCAUUCUUCACUAAGUCCCUGUAGAAGUGUGUGGCGGUGUCUUUAUGUGCCUGAAUUUACUGCUGGAUUUAAUUUUGGGCUGUUUUUUCAGACAAAUGUGAACUUUAACACCAAUUUUCGACUCAAAUCCAAGAUGAAACGAGUACAGAGAGCUAAAAAAACCUGAAUUAUAUCAAGGUCAAACACAAGGCAUGACUACAUCUGAAUGUUUUUUAAAUGUACCCAACAAAUCCUACUCUUUGUGCCUUUUAAGGACUUUUAACCCUUAUCUUUGUGGACUUUUUUCAUAGUAUUUACUGGUUUUAAAAGUCUCAGUACGCAUUGUUUUAUUGUUGUGGUGUUUUGGUUUUUUGCCCCCCAUGUUUGCUGUCAUUGAAGUUCAAUUUUAAAAAACGUUCAAAAAUAAAG